CCAACCGCAACCACCACACACUACGGUUACUGCAUACACAUAAGGUUGAGAGGAAGAUCUAUUCUAAUCAAGUUCAAAAUGGCUGAGAGCGACUCGGAACGCGAGUUCUGGGAGGAUGACUCUCUAUCACGAGCCCGCGCCUUCCUGAGCAUGAGCAAGCAAACUUCCUCCGCUCAAGAAUGGGAAAGCGAGGCGCGUGACUCAAUACCACGAAAGGAGGCGGCUCGACCCACAAGAGCUACCGCAGACAUCGGAAUUGGUACCCGCAGCACUGCGAUCACAAGGCGACGGCCUGUUCAUGACACAACACCGCGUCCGCCUAUCCGCAGUCCGGCAGCUUCUACUCCCCAGGCUGCUCAAGCCGCAGCAUCGAUUGAAUCUCCUCGCGCACAUGUCCGAACUGCUCACGAUCAGGCUAUGGAUGUGGAUAGCGAUUCGGAAGACGACUCCGCUUACGUGGAAGCAAUGAUCGACACGGAGAGCGAAGACUCGGAGGUUCCAUCCAGGGGCCCAUCAUUCGCCUUCUCCACCACUGUCGAGUCAAGAAAUGCUUCCAUGACUUCUCUUUCGUCUUCGGCCUCCGUGGAUUCCAGUGGCCGAAAGCGGACGGGCGAGUAUGAACCCACUUACGGCAGACCUAUCAUCCCUGGUCCAAGUACAACGCGGCGUAAGGUCGCGCGCACCACGCAACAGGCAAGUCUUAAUUCCAGACAGCAGGCGUGGACUGCUACGUUGCCGUCGCCUCGACCCGUCCCGCAGACGCCUUCUCGGUCGGGGAAUGUUACGCGGACGAACUGGUCGGAGUCUCCCGCUCCCUACAAGGAAACCAUUGAUACUCCCACUACAUCGCGCAUCAGCAACGCGGUAGGAGCCCUUGGUCUCGAUGAGCAACCAAGCUCGGCAUCAGUGGGCCCUUCUCGCACAAAGGCGCAGACUCAGGCGCUCGAUCCAUCGAGCUUCUCCGGCGUAUACAUCCUUGCGCACGACAAAGACAUGCAAAAGCUGUUCGACAAGAUCCCGCUGAGCUGGGGAGUGCAGUACGAAAUUGCUCGUGGCGUCUCCCUAGGCUUGUGGAGCUGGGACACAGUCCGCAAGGCCAAGCUGGAGUCACUCCGCGGGCCGAACAACAAUGCGGCCUCUAGGGUGUCUCAGGUGCUUGGGCGCCCGCUUUGCGAUAUGUCCCCAAGUGAUGCGGCGAUCUGGAUCGAACUCGACCGCGAAGAUGCGGCGAUCAUUGAGAACCGCUCGCGAGGGCUCGGCUUGCAAGGGGACUUCAAGGAGAAGCCCAACUGGUACGGGGGACAGAUACAGCAGAUAGCCAGGCUAGAAUCGGACGGCGAAAGCUUCCGUCUAACUCUUGCGAAGAUGGAGAUGCGCAAGUCAUACCGCUUCGCGCGCUUUCUGCACUCUCGGCGGAUAAUACAGGUCUCUAUUCCCCAAUCGAUCGUGAACAACCGUGCACAGGACCUGCGUGCGUUCUUCACUCAAAAAUUCGUGCUUUGCGGUCGAGUUUUUGUGGCGUUCGAUGCGAAGGAUAAGAAGAUGUUCCUCAUGGAGAUCCCGGAGCAGUACGAACGUGACGCUCGUGUCCCCGGAGAUGAACAUCGGAUUUCGUUAGAGGACUUCCCAAUCUCAAAGUGGGCUACGCGGUUCGACCUCGGCUUCUCUGUUUCGGUUCCGGUCAUAUCCAUCGCGCUGGAGAACAUGCACUUCAUGAAGGACGAAGCCGUACUUAACGACGACCAGGACUGGAAGCCGCCUCCCGAGUGCAUCUUGACGGACGGCUGUGGCUGGAUGAACGGCGCGGCGCUCAGCGCUCUCGCAAAGCAGAUAGGUCUCGAGGAGCGCCCGACCGCAGUGCAAGGACGCUUUGGGGGCGCGAAGGGCCUCUGGAUCCUCCAUCCUCGCGAACAGUCCUCCAACGGCGUUCCAAAGAUCUGGAUUCGGGACUCACAAGUCAAGGUCAAGCUCGACUUGAACAAUCUCCAUCCAGCUCACACCGUUUUCGAUCUGCUCGCGCCGCCGCGCGUAACCCUCCCAAGCCGACUUUCGAAGCUCACCGUACUGAACCUCGCCUACAAUGGCGUUCCUAAGGAGACGUUCGUGGAGUUGAUGAAGGACACGAUUGAGGAGGAGGUCAAGCCACUCACGCAGUGGACCGGACCGAAGGCCAUGUUCCUGCUGUGGAAGGCGGUGGAAAGAGUAGGCGGCGUGUCGAUGAAGCGAGCACUCCAGCACGCCCUUGGGAUAUCGCGAGCACUUGGGCUGAUUGGGAGAAGCAUGCAAGAUCUCGUGGACCGUGACGACGAGCCUCCGGAAGCCCUAGAACAGCUGGCUACCGAGAUUUCUGACUUAGGCGGGGAUGUCAGUGAAGAGACGAUAUCGACCUACACGGCACUGCGUGACCCGAUCACGGGACAACCGCUAACGAUCCAUGGCGUUUCCUUGGAUCUCAUUCAAGCUGGCUUCAAUCCUCUCAAGCUUGAGUUUCUGUACGAGAAGCUCAAAAAGAUCGUGACGAUGGCCAUAGAUGACAUAAUCAGCGACUACCACAUCUCGGUUCCUCUGUCUGCCGAGGCCUUCAUUAUUCCAGACCCAUAUGGAAUCUUGAAUGAAAGGGAGAUACAUUUCAAGUCCACUAAGAACCUAAAGGAUCCGUUGGAAGAUAUGAACCCCCAUCAACUCCUGGGCGAAGUCUUGAUUUAUCGCAACCCGUGUCGUCUCCCCUCGGACGUACAAAAGGUCACGGCAGUCCAAUGUGACGUGCUUGCUGCCUACACCGACGUAAUUGUACUUCCUACCGUUGGUGCCCGUUCUUUUGCGAGCUAUCUUGCCGGUGGAGACUACGAUGGAGAUGUUGCUGUCGUCAUCUAUGAUGACAGACUUGUCAAGGACUUUACGACACCUCCAGUAACUCAGGAACCCCCAGAUUUCAUCAAGAACAACUUCGAAGACAUGGGAACAAUCAAGCAGGUUUCGGACCUGGCGAAGGACCUUACUCAACUCGAUAACGACCCCGAUGCGCGCCGUCGCAUGUUGCAGGAGAGCCUGUUGUCCGGACUUUCCAUUACACCAAUUGGGAUGUAUUCGGAGUUCCAUGAAGGCACGGCAUACGCAUAUGGUUAUGACGCACCGGAGACGAUCCGCAAUGCGUUCAUGUUCAACACGGUGCUAGACUCACGGAAGACGGGUUACCGCAUCAGGCAAGAGGUUCUUAAGGACGACAAGCGCAAGUACCAGAGACAACUUCCUGACUGCAUGCUGUCACGAAAGGCAGCCGAGAAAAAGAAGCAGUCUUGGGACCGGGGAGACAUACCCUUCCGGCGGGAUCGUCGUCUUGGGCAGUUCAUUCUCGACGAACUAUUCGCUGCAGGUCGCAAGAUGCGAGAUGAGCAAAUCACUCGAUAUGAUCGCUUGAAAUCCCACGCGUCCUUUUCUAUGGACGACGACCUCCUCCGUCCUUGGAAAAGGGUCAGGCCGUGGCUCGGCGAUUCAUCCCCAGUUGCACGCGAUCUCGAGGCGAUCCAGCGGCAUGUCGAGAAGCACAUCGAGCGAUGGCGGGCUAUCACCGCGAAUGCUCGAACGCCCUUCAAGCGCGGUUCAUCGUCAACCAAGGACAAAGCCACAGGAUCUGAGUCUGGCAAGGGGGCACAGGCUCAGUACAACGAUCUUGCACGAUCAUUUGCGACUGUGCCUGACAUCUCGCCGGAUACGCUACUCGCGUCCAUCGCGUCCAUCCCAGAGCUCAAGGCGUCAUGUGCCUACACGCUCAAGCCUGGUUUCGCGUGGAGCGUUGCGUUUCAAGCGCUGUGCCAUAUCAAGGCAGGUGCACAGGGUUCAGUCGCGGUCACGGCUGAUUUCGCAGAGAUCGCAUUCAACCUCGAAAUUUCGAAAAUGUGGAUUGCUUGGAAACCAAAGGCCAUCAAGGUGCCCGCCGUCUACGUCCCGAGUGAUGCUCGCGUGCAGCAAGUUCGUGGUCUCGGCGUACGUGUGCUCUAG